AGAGAGAGAGAGAGAGAGAGAGAGAGAGAGAGAGAGAGAGAUGGGAAAGAAUUCAGAGAGACGUCGCCAGUUGGUUCUACUACCAUGUCCAUUCCAAGGCCACAUAAAUUCCAUGCUUCAGCUGGGCACCAUCCUCCACUCCCAGGGAUUCUCCAUCACGAUCGUUCACACCAAGUUCAACUCUCCGAAUCCUUCCACCCACCCUAAUUUCAAUUUCCUUCCGAUACCGGAUGGCUUAUCCGACAACGAUAUCUCUUCCGGUGAUACAGUAACCAUUCUAUGGGAGAUUAAUGUCAACUGCAAAUCCCAUUUCCAUGAAUGUUUGUCUCAGAUGAUGAUGGCACGACAAGGCCCACAUGACGAUGUUGCCUGCAUCAUCUACGAUGAGUUCAUGUACUUCUCCGAGGCCGUGGCUAAUUCUCUGAAGCUUCCAAGCAUCAUCUUAACCACCAUGAGUGCUGCCACUUUUCUUGCUCGCUCCGCCCUUCUCCGACUCAUGGCGGAAGGUCGCGUUCCCUUCCAAGAUUCUAUGUCGCAGGAUCCAGUUCCAGAGCUUCAUCCGCUCAGGUAUAAGGAUCUACCAAUUCCCAUGUCCGGAAAAUAUGAUACGUUUUUGAAACUAGUAUUUGAAGCCUACAAGAUUAGAACAUCUUCAGCCAUCAUUUGGAAUACCAUGGACUGCCUUGAACCAUCGUUAUUGGCACAAAUACAACAACAAUUCCAAGUUCCAAUGCUCCCCUUGGGCCCUAUGCACAAGCUUGGUCCAGCCUCCGGCAGUAGCUUAUGGAAAGAGGACACUAGCUGCAUGGCAUGGCUUGGGAAACAAUCUAAACACUCAGUUAUAUACGUAAGCUUGGGAAGCAUAGCAUCCAUGGAUGAGAAGCAACUAGCAGAAUUGGCAUGGGGACUAGCCAGCAGCCAACAUCCUUUCUUGUGGGUAGUUCGGCCAGGCUCGAUUCGUGGUUCAGAAUGGAUAGAAGCACUGCCCAAAGAUUUCAAAGAAAAUAUCGAAGAGAAAGGUUGCAUUGUGAAAUGGGCACCGCAAAAGGAAGUUUUGGCGCACGGCGCGGUGGGAGGAUUUUUGACUCAUUGUGGUUGGAAUUCAACGCUGGAGAGUAUUUUCGAAGGAAUCCCAAUGAUAUGCCGACCGUGUUUUGGAGAUCAGAGAGUAAACGCAAGGUAUGUGAGCCAUGUAUGGAAAGUAGGCUUGGAAUUGGAGAAUGAGAUGGAGAGAGGUGAGAUAGAGAGAGCCGUAAGAAAAGUAAUGGCUGAAAAGGAAGGGGAGGCCUUGAGGGAAAGAGCUAAGAAUUUGAAGGAGAAUAUUGAACUUUGCAUUAAAGAAGGUGGUUCUUCAUACAAUUCCUUGAACAGGCUGGUAGAGAUGAUCAUGUCAUGAUUUUAAUAGCACAUCUACUAUCUCAACUUUACAACAAGCUAGCCCUUUUUUCUAGAUAUGAUACUUCAUGUUAUAUUUGGACUAUGGAGGUUUAAUUUUUAAAAUAAUUUUUUUUUUCUUUUGUUGUCCCUCAUAUAGUAUUGUAUUAUAUUUUACUCCCUCUAUACCAAAGAGCUGGAUGCUUUUCUUAAUUA